AGUGCUGCAUAUUAAUUAAUGAAACAUUUUUAUUGCUUCUCUAGUGUUGGUGCAGGGCUGGUAUUUCUAUUGGAGACGAUGUGGGCUGUCGCAUUGUUCGUAGAUCUCCUUGGCAGGCGUGGGGAAUAUACCCUAUCUCUGCGCUGUUGGGACUUCAUGAGGUGGUCGUGUGCGCGCGUGCGGGCGCCGUUCUACGCAUGCGUCGCGACGGCACUUCUAUUUUCUCAUCUUACUCUUCUAGCGACCAUUUCAGGUGGUAUGCUUCUUAUACUGGCAGCAUUACGAGCAAUGGUGCCAUUCUCACCAUACAUUAACCACAGUCGGCAGUCUCCUCGGGCUGGCAGCUCACUACUAAGCCAGUACGACUCGCCGCUGCCAAGUGUUUUUUAUAACGCCGCCCAUUCAGGCGAAGAUGUCAGAUCUGAGGAGAUGACGGUUUUAGAUGUGAAGACAAAUAAUAUUGCUGAAGAAGAUAGAUCUCGACCAAUGACACCAAAGCAGCCGCUGUUAGAACUCUGAUGCAAUUAUAGUAAUCAAUUUAAUUUAAAAUCACUAUUGAGAAACUUAAUUAAAGUUGACAACAUGCAUAAUUGAAAUUAGAUUAAUAUUUAGCGAAUCGAUUCAUAAGUAUGUUUUACCAGAAUAUCAAAACGUUUCAGUGGUUUUCACAGUCGUUAGCAAAAAACGCCUUUGACUUUAGUUAGUUUUGGAUCCUCAAAUUAUAAUGUCAUUAAAUUAAUUGGUGACCAUUAAAAAUAUUUAUCGUCGACAGUUGGCGUUCGUUCAGAUUUGGCACUUAUAAUGUUCUUUAGGAUGUAUUUUCAUUAGAAAUGUUCGAAGUAACGAGGUUAAGUGGGGAGAACAUCCGAAAAUUUCUUAUCCUAAAGCCAUCUUUUAUCAGAUUCAUAUAUUUGCAACGUCUGUAGAAAAAUAUUAUCUGCUAUUC